UCUGCUCAGUGGGGUCGCGCGCAAACGCACUUGUCGCUCGUAAAUCUGCCGUCGCUGUUGUGCUGUGGUGGUCGGGGCGCGACCACCUCCCUCUCACACAAUACUCACAUAUUACACAUAAAUUAUCCACUUAACCGUUGCUCACAUGACUCAGUUUUCAUUAAUAAUGAAUGAUGAAUGAUAUUGUCUCCUUUACAUGAAGACCAUUUUGCCCUACUGUGGACACUGCGAUAAAUUGGAAAGUGUAUUUGAGGGAAUGAUUAAUGACGAGACUUUUGUAUUAAUGAGGUAGUGCUGCUGGUAAUGAUAGUGAUUCUGAGAGUGAUCUUCACUGGUGUUGGGUUGGCGAGGUCUGGCUAGGUUGGUGUGUGCAGGGAUGCGGACACAGUGUUAGGGCGUCCGGACACGGCGCUGGAGUAAACAGUCAUCAGCUGACUGAGGCGGGGGCGGCGUACAGCCUACAUCAUGGACUCUGUUUACGCCUCUCCUGGCACUCCCUUCUGACUUGCUCUGAGAGAACACUAGGUACAUGUCUUCUUCUUAAUAUCCAGACGAUAAUACAGCCAGCAGCAUUAUGAGUGACCGAGAUUAUUCGCCGCUGAGCUCGGCGUGUGUCCGGGCGCUCAGUGACAAGCUCUAUGACAAGAGGAAAGCCGCCGCCCUCGAAAUAGAGAAGAUGGUGAAGGAUUUUUCUUUGGUCGACAAUCAAGAACAGAUCAGGCGACUUAUUCGUGUUUUGGAGGAAUUUGCCAUGUCACACAACCCCCACACGCGUAAAGGAGGGCUUAUUGGUUUGGCUGCUGUUGCUAUUGGACUAGGAACUAGGGGUAUUGGUCCAUACAUUCAAGAACUUGUCAAUCCUAUUUUGGCAUGCUUUACCGACAGUAACCCUAAUGUGCGGUAUUACGCAACAGAGUCUCUUUACAAUGUUGUGAGAGUAUCAAGAGGUACUGUGUUGUCACAGUUCAAUGACAUUUUUAUUAUCCUUGUUCGGUUAGCUACUGAUGCUGAUCAGAAUGUAAAAAAUGGCUCCGAGAUGCUUGAUAGAAUAAUGAAGGACAUAGUAACAGAAAGUGCCUCUUUUGAUCUGGUUGCAUUUAUUCCUGUCCUACGUGAAAAAUUGUACGUUAACAAUCACUGGGCACAAACACUGGUUGUGUCAUGGGUGUCUGUCUUACACACGGUGCCAGAUGUCGACACGCUCUUGUUCCUCUCUGACAUUUUAGAGGGAUUGUUCUUCAUCCUGGAAGCUCCCAAGCCAGAAGUGAAGAAAAUGUGUGAGGCCGUCGUUGGAGAAUUCUUAGUGAGCAUCAAAAAGGCUCCCGAGAAGGUCAAAUUUGCUGAUAUGAUCAACAUCCUUAUCACCCAUGCACAGUCAUCUGAUCAACUAGUACAGAUGAUAUCCCUAACUUGGAUUGAUGAGUUUGUGAAAUUAUCUGGCCGGGUGAUGUUGCCACACACUUCUGGAAUUCUAAUUGCUACAAUUCCUUGCUUGGCGCUGGAUGACCCUACAUAUGCAAAGACUCGUGGGUUGGCAGAAGAUGUAAGCUCAGGAUUGAUGGAUCUGAUUACUGUAGAGGAUGAUAGAGAUGGACCAGAAGGAUCAGCCGACAAGUUCUCUGAUCACAACUCCUUCUCUAUGGAAAAGCAUGAGUGCGAGGGACUUGAUCUGUGUUCGGUAAUGGAAGUUCUCCGUAAUCAGCUACGUAAUACUCCAGUUUCUUGUAAGACAGCUGUUCUUAAAUGGAUUUAUCACCUUCAUAACAAAAUUCCCAAUAAGAUGUGUCGUUACUUAGAAGAGUUAUUUCAUGCACUUCUCAAGACCCUCUCUGACCCAUCUGAUGAGGUGGUGCUCUUGGUGAUCCAGGUGCUUGCUCAGAUUGCCUCUCCCACCAACCAUCAUCCUGUUGCAACUACACAAGAGAGUGACGAGAAAAACAACCUUGAUGAAUACUUCACGAGGUUUCUCCAAAACCUUCUUCAUCUAUUUGCUACGGAAAGAAACCUUUUAGAGGACAGAGGACCAUUUAUUAUAAGACAACUUUGUGUGAUGCUCAAUGCAGAAGAUAUCUAUCAGACACUGGCUGAGUUACUACAAAAGGAGGAAAAUCUUACCUUUGCAUCAGAAAUGGUGCAGACAUUAUCUUCAAUUCUUCUCACAUCAAAGGAAUUAUUCUCUCUAAGAAUACAACUGAAAGAUCUCUCAACACCGGAAAGCUGCCAGUUGUUUGUGAACUUGUACCGCUCAUGGAGUCAUAAUUCUGUGGCCACCCUCACUAUUUGUCUUCUCACCCAGAACUACGAACAUGCCGCAACUCUUGUUCAUGCCUUUGGUGAUAUUGAAGUGACCACAGACUUCUUAGUGGAAGUGGACAAGCUGGUCCAGUUAAUAGAAUCUCCAAUAUUUACUUAUUUGCGUCUACAAUUGCUGGACCCAGUAGGUCACUCAGCACUGGUGGAGACACUCUAUGGACUUCUCAUGCUACUUCCUCAGAGUGAUGCAUUCACACUUCUGCGAUGUCGUCUUAACUGCGUUCCUCCUGCUCAUCUUCUCAAACACACCCAUGCCAAGGUAGAGACACGUCAUCAUGCCAUAAAUAUGGACUUUGAUGAACUUCUGUCACAUUUUUGUUCCAUUCAAGAUAAACACCGCAAGUACAAACAUCAGAAAAUCAAGCAAAGAUUGCAGUCCAGCAUCGAUCCUGGAGCCCGACACCAGAGCUAGUGCGAGAAAUCUCAUGAGUAUUGGCAUUCAUGGAUCCAUAGUAUCAACAUCUCUAUUUUUGUUUUAUUAACUUUUGGACUGCUCAGCUAUUUAAAUGAUCGAUGUGCACCCAACAAAAAACAGCUAAUUAAUCAAAUGGGAAAAAAUCACAUAUUGUGAUUUUUGCACAGAAGGUAAUCACCUAUUGCAUCUGGAGCAUUAUAAGAGUUAAAGAUGUAUUGAUUCAUACUUUUUCAUAAUUUUCUUUGGAUAAGAUUUUUUUCACUGUUGUAGAGAGAAGUAUACAAGUAGCACGUAGAGUAUAUUAUUUUAUACUUAAAAUAUGUAACUACAAUUAUGAAUUUAUAUCUACUGCAUCUCUUAUUUUAUUUAAUCAUGGUUAAUUGUAACUAUAUAAAUUUAUAUUUGUAUAUCUUAAAAUGUUGUAUAUUUAUAAGUGCUGCACUUCCUCUAUUAUUAAUACAUACAACAUGGAACACAUUUGCCUUAUGUAGCUGAGGAAACUUUUCUCAACAUUUAAACAUGUU